ACGCAGCCGCCGUCGGCGGAGCGCCCGGCGAAGAGCGACCCCAGACGGAGCCUCCGGAGUCCCUCUGCCCCCACCUCGCCCAGUGCCCGAGCCUCGGUCCUCUCCGCUGCCAUCCUCGUGGCCAUGGAGUGUCCGCACCUUAGCUCCAGUGUCUGCAUUGCUCCGGACUCAGCCAAGUUCCCCAACGGCUCCCCGUCGUCCUGGUGCUGCAGCGUGUGCCGGUCCAACAAAAGCCCCUGGGUCUGUUUGACUUGUUCAAGUGUCCACUGUGGAAGGUAUGUGAAUGGCCAUGCAAAAAAACAUUAUGAAGAUGCACAAGUACCCUUAACCAACCAUAAAAAAUCAGAAAAGCAAGAUAAAGCUCAGCAUACAGUGUGUAUGGAUUGCAGUAGCUACAGUACAUACUGUUAUCGCUGUGAUGAUUUUGUGGUUAAUGACACCAAGCUGGGACUGGUACAGAAAGUCAGAGAACACUUACAGAACUUGGAAAACUCAGCUUUCACAGCUGAUAGGCAUAGGAAAAGAAAACUUUUGGAAAACUCAUCACUAAACAGCAAGCUGUUAAAAGUAAAUGGCAGCACCACUGCUAUUUGUGCCACAGGCCUUCGGAAUUUGGGGAACACGUGUUUCAUGAAUGCCAUCCUUCAGUCACUCAGUAACAUUGAGCAGUUUUGCUGUUAUUUCAAAGAACUGCCCGCUGUGGAGUUAAGGAAUGGGAAAACAGCAGGAAGGCGAACAUAUCACACCAGGAGCCAAGGGGAUAACAAUGUGUCUUUGGUGGAAGAGUUUAGAAAGACACUUUGUGCUCUAUGGCAAGGCAGCCAGACUGCAUUUAGCCCAGAGUCCUUAUUUUAUGUUGUUUGGAAGAUUAUGCCAAAUUUUAGGGGCUAUCAGCAGCAGGAUGCCCAUGAAUUCAUGCGCUACCUUUUGGACCAUCUACACUUGGAACUCCAGGGAGGUUUCAAUGGUGUUUCCCGCUCAACAAUUCUGCAGGAGAAUUCUACUCUGUCUGCAAGUAACAAAUGUUGCAUAAAUGGAGCAUCUACUGUUGUCACGGCUAUAUUUGGAGGCAUUCUUCAAAAUGAGGUUAACUGUCUCAUAUGUGGGACAGAAUCUAGAAAGUUUGACCCAUUCCUAGACCUUUCAUUAGAUAUUCCAAGUCAGUUCAGAAAUAAGCGCUCUAAGAAUCAAGAAAAUGGACCAGUUUGUUCACUACGAGAUUGUCUUCGCAGUUUUACUGACUUAGAAGAACUGGAUGAAACAGAGCUAUAUAUGUGCCACAAAUGCAAAAAGAAACAAAAGUCCACUAAAAAGUUUUGGAUUCAGAAACUACCCAAGGUGCUAUGCUUACAUUUGAAAAGAUUUCACUGGACAGCAUAUUUAAGAAACAAGGUUGACACAUAUGUAGAAUUUCCCCUGAGAGGUCUAGACAUGAAAUGCUACUUAUUAGAGCCUGAGAACAGUGGCCCAGAGAGCUGCCUCUACGACCUCGCCGCUGUGGUGGUGCACCAUGGCUCUGGGGUCGGCUCUGGACAUUACACAGCAUUUGCAACUCAUGAAGGUCGCUGGUUCCAUUUCAAUGACAGUACUGUAACACUGACUGAUGAAGAAACUGUGCUGAAGGCAAAGGCCUACAUCCUUUUUUAUGUGGAAAGCCAGGCCAAAGCUGGAUCUGAUAAACUUUAAUACCUCCUCUAAAUCAUUAUUCAUCAACUGUACCGGACAAACAUUUCCAAUUUUCCAUAAAUACUUGAUCCAAGAUUUAAUUUCAUUAUGCACUUUUCAAUUUCCUAUUUUGGAUUUAGUUUUAUCUUGUCAAUGGUAGUGACUUAUUGAACAUGGGCACCAACUAAUUUUUUUUUUUUUUUUUAGUUCUACCAGAAAACCUCAGCAGAUAUUUUGAUUUGCUGCUUUUAGUUGUAAUAAUUCAAUUUUUAUAUGUAGUUUCAAGAACUUAGUUCUCUUUCCCCUUUUUUAUAUCAAUGUGUUCAUUUCUCACUCUGAGGCACAUUUACAUCCAUGCAUUUGCUUCUCUCACGUGUUGAAAGCUAGUCGUGUCCUGAUGGUGAAGAGCAACGUAUCUGCUGCCUGUUCACAGCUGUACUGGAGAUCAGGUUGACUCUAAAUCAGGGAUCCUGUGUGCACAUCCUUGGAGGCCCGCAAGACUUCAGGGACUGCAUAUCUUUUUGCCUAUAAAAGAGGACUGAGGGCACUGCUGAGUGGACUAGGCAGCUGCUGCUCUCCUGGCCCUGAAGGCCGCUGUCCUUUGGCACUAAGCUUAAAUUUGGUUCAGUUGUAUCUGUACUGCAAAU